AUGUCUUCCGAAGAUCCCAGAUCCCAGUUGUCCCCAGUCGACAGCACCAAGGAUUUCAAAGUCCUCCAAGACAAUGAGGCCAAUAUCUCUAACAAUCUCACGCCAACAAUUUCGGCGAGUGUUGCCAUCGACCCUGAGGCAGAACGACGGCUAGUCUGGAAAUUCGAUCUCCGUAUUCUCCCUACCUUGGCUGUCAUGUACCUGUUCAACUCCCUCGACAAGAGCAACCUAGGCAAUGCCAAAACCGCGGGCCUUGAGGAGACACUUGGGCUGACCGGCAACCAAUACAGCACCGUUCUCUCCAUCUUCUUCAUUCCUUACGUCCUCACCGCUCCCGUCUUAGGCAUUGCCGGCAAAAAAUACGGCCCGAGCAGGGUUCUCCCCUUGAUGAUGGUGUCAUUUGGCUUUGUCACCCUCAUGGUGGUCGCCGUCCAGACUUUCGCCGGAUUACUAGCCAUUCGUUGGUUCCUAGGCAUGGCUGAAAGUGCUUUCUUUCCAUUGGUCAUCUACUACCAGACUACCUUUUACCGGAGAGGAGAGCUCGCCCGCCGACUGGCCAUCUUCUAUGCCGCCUCGUCCAUCGCUUCUGCUUUUGGUGGCCUCUUAUCUUACGGCGUGUUUCAGAUCCAUUCCGGCUCAAUUGCAAACUGGCGUUAUCUCUUCGUCAUCGAGGGCAGUGCCACCAUGCUCUUCGCCGUCUUUGCCUUCUGGUAUCUCCCAUAUGACGCUCAGAGUGCCAAGUUCCUCACCCCUGAGGAAAAGCAAUUGGCGUUCUACCGGAUGCAAGUUGACUCGUCAUCCGUUGUCGGCGAGAAGUUCGACUUCCGUUCCGCCAUGCGCAUCUUCAAGCACCCGACCAGCUGGAUUAUUCUCGCCAUCGAAAUCUGCCUUGGCGUACCUUUGCAAUCGGUCUCGCUAUUCCUACCCGUCAUCGUGAAGCGACUUGGCUACUCCACCGUCAAGACCAAUCUCUAUACUGUGGCACCCAACAUUUCUGGCGCCGUCAUGCUUCUCGUCCUCGCCUUUGCUUCCGACUACUCUCGUUUGAGAUUCCCAUUCGUUGCCUUGGGAUUCGCUUUCACAUGUAUCGGCUUCAUCAUCUACGCCACGGUCGAUAUCCACACUCAACUUAAUGUAGCUUACUUCGCCUGUUUUAUGCUCACCUGGGGCACCAGCGCUCCAAGCGUCAUCCUGGACGUGUGGUACAAUAACAACAUCGCUGACGAAAACAAGCGCAUGAUGCUGACAAGUGUCGGUGUCCCGAUGGCCAACCUGAUGGGUGUGGUCUCUAGCAACAUUUUCCGAGCCCAGGACGCCCCUAAAUACAUGCCUGCUUUAGUCACCACGGCGAUAUUCGGUGGUGUAGGCUGCAUCCUCACUUGUGUCCUCGGAGCCUGGAUGAUCAUCGACAACAAAAGACGAGACGCUCGUGAUGGCCGGAAGAUCAAAGCCAUCGACAUCCCAUCCGAGCUCCUUGCGGACGGUCCGAACAGUCCACAAUACCGGUGGUUCUUGUAGGGGGAUCUUGUGGGUGUGGCGUGGGCAGCAGGGUUUGGAGU